GUUUAGGAAGCAUUUGCGUUAGCAUAGUUUAGAUAGAAACUCAAGCUUUUUGGUCUAGGCUCAAACUUCAAACUUGUACUUUUUUAACUAAGAAUUGAGCCCAUAUUCAAAGUCCAUACCAUUUUCCAUGAAAAAUUUUGCAAGAGACCGGAAAAAGGAAAAAAAAAAUAGUGGCAGUCAGUGUUUCACAUGGCACGUGAAACCCAUGCCAAAAGAAGCAGCCACGCCAACCGACUUCGUCCAUCACCGCCCUAUCAAAGAAAUUUCAACUCUAAAUACGCCUCACCCUCGGUCCCUUAGCCCCAUCCAAUGUACAAGCACAUGCUCAUAUUCAUCCCUUCAAAAUAUCUUUAUCUGGCAUAUGUCAAGUUCGGCAGUUUAGUUUUGACCAAUAGAAUAAAAAUACUAGUAGUAAGUGUGGGCUUUCCUUAAUUUCUCAGUUGGAAUAUACCAUCAAUAAACUCAUCAUCAUCGGAUCAAGUUUGCAGAAAAAGUGACAAUGGCUACGUUGUUUUCUCCUUACAAGAUGGGCAAGUUCAACCUUUCUCACAGGGUGGUGCUGGCGCCUAUGACGCGAUGCAGGGCGUUGAAUGGAAUUCCAAGGCCGGCGCUUGCUGAAUAUUACACGCAGAGGUCGACUCCUGGCGGUUUUCUCAUCACUGAAGGGACAUUGAUCUCUAACACUGGAGCAGGGUUUCCACAUGUUCCUGGAAUCUACAAUGAAGAACAGGUGGAGGCAUGGAGGAGGAUUGUGGCUGCUGUUCAUGACAAAGGAGGCAUCAUUUUCUGUCAACUAUGGCACGUUGGCCGAGCAUCUCAUUCAGUGUAUCAACCUGGUGGAGCGGCACCAAUAUCAUCAACAAACAAGCCCAUCUCGAAUAGGUGGAGAAUUCUUAUGCCAGAUGGGAGCUAUGGUAUAUACCCAAAACCUCGAUCUCUGGAAAUCUCGGAAAUACAAGAGGUUGUAGAGCAUUACCGCAAGGCGGCCUUGAAUGCCAUGCAAGCAGGUUUUGAUGGAAUUGAGAUUCAUGGAGCACAUGGCUAUCUCAUUGACCAAUUCUUAAAGGAUGGGAUCAAUGAUCGCACAGAUGAGUACGGUGGAUCAUUGGAAAACCGCUGCAAGUUCUUAAUGCAAAUUGUUCAAGCAGUAGCUUCAGCCAUUGGUGCCGAUAGAGUUGCCAUCAGAAUUUCUCCUGCAAUCGAUCACCUUGACGCAACAGACUCUAAUCCGCUCAGCUUAGGCUUGGCAGUGAUUGGGAGACUUAACAAGCUCCAGCUACAGCUGGGGUCAAACCUCGCUUAUCUUCAUGUAACUCAGCCUCGUUAUCAUGCUUAUGGGCAAACAGAAUCAGGCAGAAACGGUAGUGAAGAUGAGGAAGCUUAUUUAAUGAGAACUCUGAAGAGGACUUAUCAGGGAACUUUCAUGUGUAGUGGUGGAUUCAAUAGGGAGCUGGGAAUGCAAGCUGUGGCUGAGGGUGAUGCGGAUCUGGUAUCCUAUGGCCGUCUUUUCAUCUCAAAUCCUGACCUAGUCUUGAGGUUGAAAGUUAAUGUUCCAUUAAAUAGGCACAUUAGGAAGACGUUUUAUACUCAGGAUCCUGUGGUUGGAUACACAGACUAUCCAUUCCUGAGUGAAGAGAAAGGUACCCAAGUACAGUCACGCCUUUGAUGUGUAAUAGCAAUUUAUUAUUUAAUAUCUAAUGAUUGGCAUAAAAGUGAAAACGUUGCUCCACCUGGAGCUCGUUUUAGAUUCUCAUCGAUCAAGGCAAGAGAAGAUAGGAAAAUUUACUACUACUACUACUAUGUAAACGGCUGGGCCUGAUUGUCCAUUUUGAGCAAUAAAACUGCGUGCGCAGGCCAAGUGCCACGGUCCCCAUGUUCCUCAUUUUGAAA